GCCGCGGACAAGACACACUUGCACGCGCCUGGAGACAGCACAGAGUGUUGAACAGCACGCGCUCAGCACAAGCGCAAGACUAGAACAUAGAUGUAUAUAUUUUAAUGAGAUACCUGAUCAUUAACUAUUGCACGCGCUGGACUGAAUACUGGCGCACGAGGAUUAAACAGUGAGCGAGCGCAUCGUGGCUCUGUGCGGUUUGGCAUGCUCGAGGACUGAAACCGGACAGAAUUGAACUCCUGCUUUGUCACAAAGAGGAUUCAAUGAAAAUGUCUGUCUGUGUCCAUGAGAACCGCAAGUCACGAGCCAGCACUGGCUCCAUGAACAUCUACCUUUUCCACAAGUCCUCAUAUGCUGACAGUGUCUUGAUGCACCUAAAUGCUUUGCGGCAGCAGAGGCUCUUCACAGACGUCUUGCUGCAUGCAGGCAGCCGCUCCUUCCCAUGCCAUCGCGCUGUGCUGGCUGCCUGCAGUCGGUACUUCGAGGCAAUGUUCAGUGGAGGGUUAAGAGAGAGCCAAGCCAAGGAGGUGGACUUCAGAGACUCCAUACAUCCAGAGGUGUUAGAACUACUUUUGGAUUACGCUUACUCGUCCCGGGUAGUCAUCAAUGAAGAGAAUGCUGAGUCUCUGCUGGAGGCAGGUGACAUGCUAGAGUUCCAGGACAUCCGUGAUGCCUGUGCUGAGUUCCUGGAGAAGAACCUUCACCCGUCCAACUGCCUUGGGAUGCUGCUUUUGUCUGAUGCCCACCACUGUACCCAGCUGUCCCAGCUUUCCUGGAGCAUGUGUCUCAGUAAUUUCCCAGCUAUCUGCAAGACAGAGGAAUUCCUGCAACUGCCCAAGGACAUGAUAGUCCAGUUGCUCUCACAUGAAGAGCUGGAGACAGAGGAUGAGCGUUUGGUCUAUGAAUCUGCACUUAACUGGGUGAACUAUGACUUGGAACGGCGACAUUGCCACUUACCAGAGCUGUUGCGCACUGUACGUCUAGCCCUCUUGCCAGCCAUCUUCCUCAUGGAGAAUGUCUCCACAGAAGAGCUUAUCAACUCACAAGCCAAAAGCAAAGAGUUGGUGGAUGAAGCCAUCCGCUGCAAGCUACGUAUACUGCAGAAUGACGGGGUGGUCAACAGUCCUUGUGCCAGGCCCCGCAAGACUAGCCAUGCCCUUUUCCUGCUAGGUGGUCCUACCUUUAUGUGUGACAAGCUGUAUUUAGUGGACCAGAAGGCCAAAGAAAUCAUCCCAAAGGCAGAUAUUCCCAGUCCACGAAAGGAGUUCAGUGCUUGUGCAAUUGGCUGCAAAGUCUAUGUGACAGGUGGUCGGGGCUCAGAGAACGGUGUGUCCAAGGAUGUUUGGGUGUACGAUACCUUGCAUGAAGAGUGGUCAAAAGCAGCUCCCAUGCUAAUAGCUCGAUUUGGGCAUGGUUCAGCUGAACUGCGCCACUGCCUGUAUGUAGUUGGAGGUCAUACGGCUGCAACUGGUUGUCUUCCAGCCUCACCAUCUGUCUCGUUGAAGCAGGUGGAGCAGUUUGACCCAGUUGCCAACAAGUGGAGCAUGGUUGCACCAUUACGUGAGGGCGUCAGCAAUGCCGCAGUAGUCAGCGUAAAGCUUAAGUUAUUCGCUUUUGGAGGAACAAGCGUAACCCAUGAUAAGCUACCAAAGGUCCAGUGUUAUGACCCGGUGGAAAACCACUGGACUGUCCCAGCAUCUUGCCCACAGCCAUGGCGUUACACAGCAGCUGCUGUUUUGGGGAACCAGAUCUUUGUCAUGGGUGGUGACACUGAGUUCUCGGCUUGCUCGGCCUACAAAUUCAGCAGCGAGACAUACCAGUGGACUAAAGUAGGUGACGUUACAGCUAAGCGAAUGAGCUGCCAGGCAGUAGCCUCGGGGAACAAACUGUACGUAGUCGGUGGUUAUUUUGGAACACAGCGCUGCAAAACGCUAGACUGCUAUGAUCCCACACUGGAUGCCUGGAACAGCAUAACCACUGUACCAUAUUCCUUGAUCCCCACUGCCUUCGUUAGCACCUGGAAACACCUCCCAGCCUGACAUCUGCAUGUCCCUUGACCUUCCUUCAUCCUUUAAGACGUCCUGUGUGAUGUACUGGAUUCCAGCUGUGACGAUUUCCUGCUUUCUGUGCAAUUUCAUCAGAAGACGACUUCUUCCAUCAAAGGCUCGACUUUAAUAUUGAAGAUAUCCAGCAGCGAAGCUUUCACUGUUCUGUGUUGGGAAAUCUUUGCUUAAAAGUUCCAUUGUCAAAGUCGUUUUUGUGGAGUCUUGGGACAUUGUUUGCCGUGACAACCAAAUGAACCAACUGCUAAUCUGAAAAGGCCAAUUAGCGCCCGGCAUGUUUUGCUGUCAUAUCUGUGUGUUGUCACGUACCCGCUAUUUUGUUCCGGGAUGAAAAUGGUGUGUAAGCUAAUCUACUUCUCUGUGCAUCUCGCAACAAGUACUUCAACCAGCGGAACUGAACAGGAGGGAGGCAGGGUUACAACAUAUGGAUGACCGAUUUCCGAAUGAAAGCAUGAUGACACCUCCUUAAUGUUUUUUUUUUUUUUAAUAUUUCACUGUGCUCAACUGUUUUCAUAUAGUGCAUUUCUUCUUCAGAAUUGUAGAGCAGAGACAAGAGAAAGGCUUAUUUAUCCCAAGAAGGCACAAACUAACUUUUUAAUCUUGUGCAGACAUGAAACAGAGACAAGUGGUCAGUUCCUGACAAACAGACCUCCUCAACCUGGUGUGAAACUUGCUGUGAGAAGGCAUCCUGAGAGGUCAACCACACACCAGAUGUGUGUUUGUGUAUGUGUUUGUAUGUGGAAAAGAUCAGCAUGUCCCAGCAUGUUUUCCUGAGCGAAAAAACAGUUGACCGUACCAUAUUAUUCAUUCUUUUUCCAAAAAACCACCAAAAAAAAACUGUCCACUGAGAACUCGGAUGGAUGAUGAGCAUUACAGAAAGCAACUGUCGUUUUCUCAGCAGAGACACUGUCAUUUUGUCAACACCUCCUAAUGACUUCUAGACAAGAGAACUUAUUGGUAUAAAGUUAGGCUGCUUAACUUUGUGCUGAGUGGUUCUGUUCUCGCACAUACAGCCUCAAUAUAAAUGUGAAAGGCAGAAUGACAGAGAGAGAGAAAGGUGAGAGUCGUUCUGUCUGCUGGAGAGGUAAUGUCUCCAUGGCAACAACAACGAACAACCUGAACUGAAAAGAAAACUGUCUAUUCAUAGUCUUAAUUUAUGAGAUUUAUUUUACAGUUGUUUUUGUUUUGUUGUUAAUUUGAACUGUGUAUGUUUAGUUUUGUAUUUAUUGAUAAAAAAAAAUGCUUGCAUACAUAUCCAGCAUAUCCAGCUGUACAGAAUUUGGCGAGUGUUUUGUGCUAAGCAUGGCCCAUACUGCUUUGUGUCACAUAAGAACUGCUCUUUUGCACAUGUCUACGUCACGCCGUACCGCGGCUGAAUUUUGUAAGGGUCAGAGGAUCGUGGACCUCUUUUUUUUUGACUGACCUGAAAGCGGGCAGGCUUGGGGUCUUAGGUCAUCACCCGGAUAAGAAUGAGAGGAAUGACGUUGCAGGAUCAGAUUACCCAGGAUACAAUGGAGCAGUUGGUCUGGGAACCUGUGGGGGAAGGGCUGGGGGUUAAGAACUCAUACUGUGAUCUAGUGCAAAAAAAAAAAAAAAAGUUCUUGUUAUGGCCCAAGGACUAUAGUAUUUAACCAGUGGGGUUUGAAUUCAGACAAUUCAUGGUUUAAUCUAGCAGUAUACAGCUACACCAAAACCUAUAAAAGAAGGUAAAUUUGCUAAAGACACAAUAUGACUGAUUGGAUGAUGUUGCAAACCCAACCACACUUAUGGAAAAAAAAAAAGUUUCAAGCUGCAAUAAUUCCAAGGAUGAACCCAUUGAACUACUGUGUUUGGUUGAAGCCUUGGCCUUAGCUGAAUGCCACAGCACGCUAGCUGAGUAUCAGCAUGGCCACUUGCUGACCCUGCUUUGUCAGUUUAACGAUACUCAAACACAUUCUAACUUGGUGUCAGUCUAAUUUGAUAUGACUGAUAAGGACACCAUGCAGUGGAGUGAGAAAUCUGACAUCAGCAGCUGCUCCCAGAACAGCUGGAACUGUCACUGAUGACCCUGAGCACAGUGACAGGUGUUAAUUAUUAUUAACACCCUCUACAUAGACAUUUGCUCUUUUCUCCUAUUCAGAGUCUUAAGCAUUGUAAGAGCCACAUUGAAACGGUCCUCAGCCUGCUGUUAAAUGUCUUUACCACCAACAUCUGCAAGUUGAAAGAGUGGCAUUGGACUGUAAAUUUGCCUUUCCUCAGGGUUUUCUGUACUACCGGUCCUAAGUGUUAUGAAGGGGUUUUUUUUGUCUAAAACGGGCUACAUUUGGUGAAUAUUGGAGUUCUUUAAGCCGUAUACUGUAUAUUUUCACGGCAAUGAUGAUGAUGCUACAUUCCAAAGGUCACACGACGUUACAGUGUGUUUGUACGUGAGUAUCGCAGGAUAUCAUCUCAAUAGAGCAAUGGAAAAGAACUGUAGUUCAACAAGUUGGCCAAACUUGUGAGCACACAAUUUUGUGAAGAGGCUAUGCUCAAGCUUAUGCACUAGUGAACUGAUAAAAUCGAAAACCUAGCAGAUCUGUAUGCUUUAUUUGUCAAGCUAAUGCUAGCUUUAUAGAAGAUCCCUGUCAAAGCAAUGGGGGGAAAAAAUGUUUGAAUUCGGUUUCUUUUAGAAUGGAUAGCGAGAUAGAGAAAAGAGAUAAGGCGAAAGAAAGAGAGAGGUCAAGCUUCACAUUCCUUCCCAGACCUUCUUCCUUUGCACCUACUCCCAUUUUCAGUGAAGUGCUGCUUUACCCUUCUGGCUUUGAAGCUCUCAGAUCUACGCUUAAACAGAAAGCCCUCUCUGUUUUUUUCCAGUACACUGCACACACAAACCUCCAGCCAAUCAGAUAGCCCAUUCUUACCUCGUCUCGAGUAGCGUUUCCCAGGCAAUGGUCAACAAUCCCCCCCUCCCGUCAGCCAACAACACACACCAUUUGAACUGGUAGCUGUCAAGUGUUUUGUUUUUCCUCUCUCCCCCUCUCUCUUUCUCUCCCACUGACCCUCUUUUUCCCGACUGGAAGAUCAAGAGCCGAGUCACAGGCUUGCACGUGGCAUAAAACUCUUAAUCAUCGUCUGCCUUUGUCUGUCAACACUGUCAAUGUUGGGCUGUAUUGUUCUAUUCUGUAUGUCCUAGUAUGUUAUGUUAUUCUGUUGUCGCUCUGUCACAACCACGGCGGUUAACAUUAUUUUGUACAAGUGAUUUUUUUCACAAUGUGAAAUUUAUGUUGAAAUAAAACAUAAGAGUUUUUUCCUCUUGAUUGUUAAA